GUGACCAAAUUAGAUCGGGAUCCUGCAUCAGGUACCGCUUUGCAAGAAAUCAGCUUCUGGCUGAAUUUGGAACGUGCUCUUUACCGUAUUCAGGAGAAGCGUGAAAGCCCUGAAGUUCUAUUAACAUUAGAUAUUUUGAAACAUGGCAAACGUUUCCAUGCUACUGUUAGUUUUGAUACAGACACAGGUCUGAAACAGGCAUUGGAGACAGUUAAUGAUUAUAAUCCAUUAAUGAAAGACUUCCCUCUAAAUGAUUUGUUGUCUGCAACUGAAUUGGAUAAAAUACGACAGGCAUUGGUGGCAAUAUUCACUCACCUGAGAAAAAUCAGAAACACAAAAUAUCCUAUUCAAAGAGCUCUGCGCUUAGUGGAAGCCAUUUCAAGAGACUUAAGUUCCCAGUUACUCAAAGUUUUGGGCACACGAAAAUUGAUGCAUGUUGCCUAUGAAGAAUUUGAGAAGGUCAUGGUUGCGUGCUUUGAAGUCUUCCAAUCUUGGGAUGAUGAAUAUGAGAAGCUGCAGGUCCUACUAAGAGACAUUGUGAAAAGAAAGCGCGAAGAGAAUCUGAAGAUGGUAUGGCGUAUCAAU